UAUACUAGUUUGGUACAUGGUUUCUCUGAUUGCUUGUUGACUCCAGACCUCCCUCUCACCUUGUCCUUGAUCUGAGUUGUCUAUGGACUGCUUGGCUCCUGAUCUUGCUUUUUGUCUGAGCCCAUUGUUGUGGUGGUCUCUGUUUGGACUCUUAACUUUGGACUGGCCCUUUGGGUUCUGAUUUGGUGUUGCCCUCAACUGUGUUAGCACUGGGAAAUCUCUUGCCCCUGGAGGAGCCUGGUGAGAAUAGGACACUGAGAGACCACCACCGAAGGGAUGUCUGUCGUUGUGGGAGAAGGUGUGUGGAAGAAGGACUGAGGAGUGUGAAGAUCAGGACAGAGAGCAACCUUCCCCUGUGCGGUGGAAACGGGGAUUCAUUUUAACACGGUGGCACCGGGAAUCAUGCCUCCAGACAGGGGUUGACUUGGCGUUGCACCCUACCAAACGUACCCACUCCCACCCCUCGCGCUUCCCGCACCGAGCGGAAGCAGCCAGAGUAACACCGCCACGCUUUUGCGCAGCCCGGCAGCGUUCGUCCCACCCACCGACCCGCGAAGUCUGUGUUGCUGCUGCGCUGCCUGCUGCUGCGCUGCCGCUCCCCCACCUCUCCUUCCCUCCCUCCCCUUUUUUCCAGCGGAAAGACUACAUCCCCCAAGAUGCUUUGCUGGUCUCUCCCUGGGGUUCCGGAUGCUGCUCCUGCCGCUGACAAGCGAAGGUAAGCAGAGAGCUUCUGAGGCGGCCGAGGCAGCAAUAGCAGCUCUGAAGGAGCUCAAGCCGAGGGGGAGUCUGCCUCAGCCAGCUUCUCCCCCCCCUCCUGCGCUCUCUUUCCAAGCAAAAGCAAACCAGCAAAGCGGCAGGAGAAGAGGCGGAGGCGAGAAAGAGAAAGAGGAGGCGACGAGUAAGGGGGGGGAAUCGCUACCAGCAGCUGAGCAGCAGAAGAAGAAAAGGGGGGAAAAGAGCCAAGGGUCUGGUUUGUCUCGUUUCCUUCCCCCCCCCCCGCUUUCCCCCACCCACCAGCAACAGCAAAGAGAGAAGGGGGUGGAGAGCGAGCGAGCGAGAGACGCUCGAGCGAGCGCUGGAGAGCAAAUUCUCCCAGCCUUGCAUAUUUUCUUCCCACCCCUCCUCCUGGCUUUUUCUUUUGUGUGGUGUGUUUGAAAGGAAGGGAAGGAGGCAAAAGAGACAGAGGAGGAAAGAGGAGAGAGGAGCGGGGGAAGGGAGGCGGCGGCGGCGGCUCAUGUCCAGCAGAGUUGCGUUGAGGAUAAUGUGAUCGGCCAAAGAGGCGAUGAAUAUGCUGUCGCUGAAGGUUGGCAGUGGCGCCGAAGGGUCGGGCAGUCUCCCCGGCAGCGCGCAGUCCUCUCCUCUGGACGAAAAAAGUCUCUCCCGAAAGGCAGCCGCCGAAGGGAUCGGAGCCCAACAGCAGCAGCAGGCUGAUGGGAGCUCCAUUGCCUGCCAGCCCACUGGCCUGGAAAACGGAGGCAACCCUCCAGCUGAAUGGUUCCCACGCAGUCAGGGCCCAGGGCUGCGGCUGUCUAACAGUGAGGCGGAUGGGGGCGAGAGAAACUGCAGGGUGAACCUCCACUGCAAGCACGGCCGGCCCAGAGAACUCAAGUGUAACAGCAGGAACAGCAAAGCAGAAGGUCCAGGUUCCACAUUUGCAGAAGUCCAUCCCAGCAACUGUUCUGCCAAGAGGCAUGCCAGUGAGGAUGAAGUGAGGAAACGCCUGAAAUCCCAGGGCCCGCCGGUCCCACCAACAGGAGGCGCCAUCCACAGCUCUCUUGAUUACUCCCAAGAGCCAAAUUUCUACCAGGCAGGGCAUCCUGGUCAAAAGGAUUCGGCGUGUCUGGCAGAGAAAGCCUUGUCGUUCAGCAUGCUCAGCUUUCCUGAAGGUUCUUGUUCAGCAUUAGGCCGUGAGCACAAGUCUGGCUCACUGCGACAUUCUGAGACAGCGGACCGGUACAAGAGCUUUCACAUCCAGGGCAGCACCAAGGCAGAGGAUUUGCCGCCAGCCAAUGUUCUGGGUUGCCCUGUUGAUGCCCAGGGCCUGGAUGAGACUGCCACGCACGAUAGAGCUGCCAAGACCUUCUCCAAUGCCACUCUGGCCUCAGGGAGGUGCAACAUUGACAACAUCAUCUCCCUGCUAAAGAGCAAGUGUGGAAAUGGUCGGAUCAACCUCUACCCUGUAGUACAGCUCAUAGACAUCAUGAAGGAUAUUAACCGCCUCUCCCAGGACCUGAAGAGCUGUGGCGUUCACCUGGACUGCAGCGGCCUACAGCUGAACAGUCCCCCAUCACUCAGCGAGGAAGGCCAGGAUCAGGGCCUGCAGUACAGCUUCUACUCCUCACCCAUGCUGGCCAACAGCAUCUGUAGCCCUGAGGAGCUAGCGGCACAGAGUAGCACCAAACCUGAGCUUCCCAAGCAGACCCAGCCCACUGCUCUUGGUGUAGGAGAGUCAGAGGGGGACACCCAAGGUGCCCAGUACCCACCCUGCCAAAGUAGCCCUGCUUUGAAGGCACCCAGCAGUGUAGAUGAAGCCAGCAGCUCAGAGUCUGAUACCACUGAUUAUACCGAGCUGGCUGAUACAGAUAUCCUGAGUGAACUGGCUUCUUUGGCAUGCCCAGGCCCCCAGUUGCUAGAUCAUCAACAUCUGGAGCCCCACUCCCAGUUGCUACAAAGCCAGAGUCUAGAUUCCAGGCCCCAGUUAAUUGGUUCACAGUCUCUGGAACACCAGCCUCAGCUAGUAGACUCUAAGUCUCUGGAGCCUCCUCCAGAACCGCUGGCGCUACAGACUGUAGAGCCACUGCCCGCACCGCUGGGGCUGCAGACACUAGAGCAUCUGGAGCUGCAGAACCUGGAGCCCUUGUCUGAAUCACUAUCACUUCAAUCCUUGGAACCUCUUUCUGAGCCGCUAGGGCUCCAGUCUUUAGGGACCCUAGAUCACCAGUUGCUCGACUCCCAAGCCCAGCUUCUGGAUCCAGAGGCCCAGCUGCUAGGCUCCCUACCGAAGUUGUUAGACUCCCAGCCCCAGCUGGGGACAGAGGAGUCCCUAGGGUCACAUUCACUACAACCCGAACCCAGUCUUGGAGGCUGCUCCCUGAGAGGAGUAGUCAGGCGAGGGGCAGGGCGGGGAAGGGAUGAUCAUAGGAAAUACGCUCUGCGUAGAACAGAUAAACCAAAGAUGCUCUGCCGCCGGCGGAGGGGAGGCCGGGGUCGGCGCGUAGAGAUAGUAGCUGAGACCAGAAUCCUCCCCAUGGCUGCACCAGUGGAGGUGGUGAUGGCACAACCAGAUGAGCCCAGAAUGCCAGUGGCAGCCGUGGCACCGGAAGAAGUGGUGGAUCCCAUCAUUUCUCCACUGGAGCCUGAGGAUGGACAGAAACCUGCCACCAACCCGCAGGCCCCAAAGCCCAAGUGCCGUGGAGUGCGCAGGAUGGUAGUGAAGAUGGCCAAGAUCCCCGUCUCCCUUGGGAGGAGGAAUAAGACUACAUACAAAGUAUCCUCCCUCAACAGCAAUUUGAACCUGGAAGGUAAAGAGCUGAUAUCCUGCACCUCAAUGGAGCCCACUCCGCUGCUGAAGAUGAAGAACAAUGGUCGUAACGUGGUAGUGGUCUUCCCUCCAGGUGAAAUGCCCAUUAUCCUGAAGCGUAAGCGGGGAAGACCCCCCAAAAACCUGAUGCUGGGACCCUGCAAACCCAAGGAGCCCACCCCAGAAGUGAAAAAACGGAGGAGGAGGAAACAGAAACUAGCAUCACCACAGCCCUCUUAUGUUGCUGACACCAAUGACAGUAAAGCUGACUACUCUGAUGUCCUAGCAAAACUAGCCUUUCUAAACCGCCAGAGCCAGUGCUCAGCUCGUUGUUCCCCGCCUCGCUGCUGGACCCCAACCGAGCCUGACUCCAUCCACCAAGCUCCUGACACUCAAAGCAUCUCCCACUUUUUGCAUCGGGUCCAAGGCUUCCGCAGGCGUGGUGGCAAAGGAGGUGGGUUUGGGCGGGGAGGGGGCCACUCUGCCCGGUCGUCUCGCUGCUCCUUUAGUGAUUUCUUUGAGGGCAUUGGCAAGAAGAAGAAGGCAGCCCCAGGAACAGCGAUGCAUGCUGACCCUGUUCACCCACGGAAAAGGGGCCGGCCAGAGCCAGACUCCAUGGACAAGCCGAAGAGAAAGAGGCGAUCCCGCAAAAAUGGGGUACUGUUUCCAGAGCAAAACCUCGGCCAGAACUUCAGUGAUGGCAUCUUUGAAUGGUGCGGAGACAAGGAGAGUCUUUGGAUGUCCCAUCAUGGACACCUCUCCAGCCAAGCCAACAGGAACUGCAGUUACCAAGACUCUCGGACCUUCCACUCUUCAACACUGGAGACGAGUUCAUCCAGCAGGACUGGUUUUUAUGGUGGAAGCAAUCCAUCAUCACAGUCUGAGCUAAGCCAGGAAAGACAGAGCCUUUUCACUGGCUACUUCCGGUCCCUGCUAGAUUCAGAUGACUCCUCUGACCUGCUAGACUUUGCCCUCUCAAAUACACGCUCUGAGUCACGGAAAUCCGCUACUUCCUACACAGCCCCUCCCAAUGCCAUUGCCACCCAGAGGGGCAUGGCAUCUUACCCAAGCAGAGGGGGUAAAGUCACGCCUUCCUCCACCACCACUGUUGCUACUACUGAGGCACCUUUCCACACAGUCAUGACAAAUAGGCAGUCAUUCCCUCCUAGCAGGUCAGUAGGAUACAGCCUUUCUCAGGCUUCUUCAGAAUGCCGCAGCACAGAUGCCUUCCAGAAGCUGGCGCCACUCUCAGCUGUCUCCAGGUCGCCCACUGCUCACUCCACAGCAGCCUCCAGCUAUGCACAGUAUGGCAGCUUCAGCAGCAGCGGUGGCCAGAGCGUGACACCUUCCAGCUUGUUCCAGCAAGGGAAGCCAUACCAUGCCACGCAGGACUGCUCCAACAACAAAGACUGCAGCUUCACCUACGGCAGUGGCAACAGCUUGCCCUCAUCACCAGGCAGUGCCCAUAGUGCCAGCUAUGCCCAGCAGACUUCGGGGCCCAGCUUGCCAUUGAAUAAGGCCUCCUUCUUCAACAGCUCAGAUCCCAGCCAGUUCUCCACCUCCUCCCACACGCCCAUGAGGUGUGACAGCCGGGCAAGCACUGUGUCCCCAGGUGGUUACAUGGUUCCUAAGGGUUCUGUCUCCUUUCAGCCCUCCCCUGAGAACUGUCGGCAGUUUCCCAGUGCCUCCCAGUGGGCUUUCCGGCAAGGCUACAACAAUCUGGACUGGAACUCUGAGGCCUUCAGCCAGCUUUACAACCCAGGCUUUGACUGCCAUAUCAAUGAGCCCAACGUCAUCCUGGAUAUCUCCAACUACACACCCCAGAAGGCCAAACAGCAGACAGUCUCUGAGACCUUUUCUGAAUCCUCAUCAGACAGUACCCAGUUCAACCAGCCAACUGGCUACCGGAGAGCCAACAGCGAGGCCUCGUCGAGUGAGGGCCAGUCCAGCCUCUCUAGCCUGGAGAAGCUGAUGAUGGACUGGAACGAGGCAUCUUCGGCCCCAGGUUACAACUGGAACCAGAGUGUCUUAUUCCAGAGCAGCUCCAAGCCAGGACGUGGCAGGCGGAAGAAAGUGGACAUAUUUGACGCUGCCCACCUGAAUUUCUCAACGGGUGCAUAUCCCUCCAAGAGGGGCACAGGGGCCAGGCAGCCACGGGGCUCCCGAGGUGCCUGUGCCUCCAAGAAGGAGAGAGGCACUGGCAAAACCAAGUUCCCUACCAAAUCCCAACCGGUGAACCCAAUGUUUCAAGACAGUACAGAUUUGGGCCUGGACUAUUAUAGUGGAGACAGCAGCAUGUCCCCACUGCCCUCCCAGUCCCGGGGCUUUGGGCUCAGUGAAAGAGACCCCUGUGACUAUGCCGGGCCCUACUCUAUGAACCCUUCCACCCCUUCGGACGGCACCUUUGGGCAAGGAUUCCAGAGUGACUCCCCUGGCCUAGGGCAGACAGACCUGGAAAGCAAGCAUUUCCCUGCCCUGCCCCACCAGCUUGCUGCCCCUCCCCCUCAGCAGGCUGUGUUUGAAGCAAGCUUACAGAAAGCUUUCUCGCCCAACUGCUCCCCGACCCUGGCCUUCAAAGAGGACUUACGGCCCAGCGAUAUCCGGAAGCUUCCGGCCUGCGACUCACUCAAACACAGCAUGCAAGGGGCCGGCGGCAUGCCCCACUCAGCUGCACACGUGACUUGCCGGGACCUGCCCAUGUCCCAGCCACACUAUGACUCACCCAGCUGCAAAAAUCCCAGCUAUUGGUACUCCCCCACCUCCAGCACUCGCAGCCCUCCCUACGACAACAAAGCCGGGGUUGGGAUGCUAGUGGACUUCAUGGGGAGAAGCCCAGAUGCCGCCUGCCUCAACCCCCAUCUGACCAGCCCCCCCAGCACCAACCCUUGCAAGAGCGAGAAGGAGCCUAUGGACAUGGCGAGGGCCCACCACCGAGGGGCUUACAUUUGCCCCUUGAUGAACGACUUGAAUAUCUCCCCAGUCCCAAGAGACUCUAUGCUGCCCCUGCAGGACAACUAUAGGUACCCCAGCUUUGCACCACAAGGGCAUCCCAUCAUGGCUGCAGCCCAGAAGAGUGGGUUUUUGGGUCCAAUGCUAGAGCAACAUCCCGAGGACACAUUCACAGUCACCUCAUUGUAGUGUCAUCUGAAGUGCCAACCAGACAACGAGGGUUUGUUUCAGGAGCUACUUUAGCCAGCACUUUUUCUGGGACACUUUUCAAGUUCUGUAUUUAAUGGAAAUCAAAAACUGAUCUUUUUGUUUGUUGGUUGGUUCUUUUGGGUUUUUUUUCUAAAAAAAAAUAAAAGAGAAAAAGGAAAAGAGGGGAAAAUGAGAGAGAUAAAUACCCUCUUUUUUUAAAAAAAAGAAAAUAUAUUAAAAAAAAAUAAAACUUGCUUUCUUUGAGAAUGGCGUGGAGACGAUCUUUGAACCAGACCAUGUCAUCAGCCCUCCUCUCCUCCCAACCUGCAGUCCAGCUAAAAGACAAUCGAACAGUCACAGCCACUGUCCACGUGGAGUGUGAGAGCCAGGGGGAUUCCCGUGAAGCCCGCCAUCAUCCACCUACAGCAUGCGUAUAAGAAACACACCGGAAGGCAAUGGACAACAUACAUGGAUAGCCACGGGAAGGGGAAAUUUAUUUUUGCUUCUUUUCGGGAGAGGGAAAAGAGAACCGUCUAAUCUGUGAACUCAAAACUCAGUAAUGAAGACUGGAGAGUCAGCAUUUUCCUCCUCCUCUUUCUCCCCCCCCCUUUUGUGCAGUUUUUUUGUUAUUAUUAUUAUUUUUCUCCCAAGUCGUUUGCAUUUUUUUAAAAAAAAUUUUUUGUUGUUGUUGCUUAAUUUCUUUGGAGAGCCCAGAAAAUUUUACAAAUCUGUGAAUGGGCCUUGGAGAUACCAUCAUCUCCCAGUAAGUAACAAUCUCUGUCUCAUUGGCAUUUUUGACCCCCAAUGCCUUUCAUUGCUCCCUUAUUCAUAAUAUAGUGAUAACAUAUUGGAAAUUGCCAAAAGGCAGGGCCAGCUCCAGUUCUGAGAGUAGUCCUCAACAAAGGGCCCUUGCGUCAGUCCAUUCUACUUUACCAGACCUUGGCAAUGGCAGAAAUCAGCUGCAGCACUCUGAACUGGAACCAAGUGGCUAGGAGCCACCAUUUCAGUUUUCCGCAACACCACCAGAGUAACAUCCCUUCAGGGCCUUGUGGGAAAUUAAAAUGGCACACUGAGUACUGAUGAGAAUGCCAGCAAUUAUGGGGGGAAACUAAAGCGAGUUCAGGAUAGGUGUCGGUGGUGGCCACUCUCGGAGUGCUAGAGUCACAACAGCUGCUACCCUCUGUUUUGCAUCUGGCUCUUCCCCAUUUCACUGUUUUGCACCAUGACCUGUCUCUAGUUGGUGGACUUUCAAAAAUAGAUCUCCAAAGCCUGAAAUCUGCCUUUGCUUGGAGUUUGUCCCAUAAAGAAGAUAGGAAAUGGAAUGCCCUAAUCCCAGGAGGGAUAAGUAAGGUUGCUGAGUGACCAGAAAAAAACUUCACCAGGCUGUUCUCUUAAAAUAUCUGGGUCAGCUGCCAGAAUUUAAAUAACAGCAUCAUUAUUUUUACAUACUGAACAUGCUCUAAUCGUGUAACUAGUGCCCACCCACAAGUACAAGAUCCAGGGUUUGGGGGUCCUAUGUGGCAUCAACAUCCAAUUGCUGUCAUUCUGUUUUUCCCAUGCUGCUUCCUUCAUUUUUGAGAUCACAGAAAAUCUGAGAGUUUGGGGGGCGGGUUUAGAAAUAAUGGACCAGCAGCACAGUCACUUGGAGGUAUAUGUUGACUUCUGUCCUUUUACUGGAGAUGUGGUUUUUGACAUCUGCAAUGACAUUUUGUGCAGUUCCCACCACCAACAGGAAGAUCCUCCCCCAACCACACUGGCUAUGCUCUUGCAAGGAACUGACAGCCAUCCUCCUCGGCUCCUCUUGACGUUACUUCUCUUCGGGGGAGGGGGGAGAAGGUGGAGUUCCCCUAGAAAAAUUCUCAUCUACGGAGAAAUCCCAGCAAGAAGACGGAAGCCUCAUGUUGCCUUUCCUUCCCUGUCCUCGCCCCCUACACCCCCCCAUAUUACUGUAGCCCUCUAUGUUCCUUCCUCCCUUGCCCUGCUGUCCCAGUCCCAGGGUUGUCACUGAGAUGCUUGCGCCUCCUUUGUUGAGAAGCGGGGGGGGGGAGUAAUGGGGCUUUUCUUUCUGCACAAAACCAGCAAUUGUAAAUACUUUUCAAAAAUAUUAAAAAUAAAAAUAAAAAACAAAAGAGCAAACACAAUGAAAACACACACGCACGUUUUCAAAAUCAGAAACAAGUGUUGAGAGGAGACAAAAAAGUCCAGAGAGAGUCAAAGCAGGAGAGAAGCUAAUUGUGUCAGAUAUGCACUGAGAAAUCUAUUUGCAGAUUGAUUGACAAAAAGUAACAAGCUAUUUAUUGUAUAUAAUGUUUUAUUAUAAAUCGUGUAUUGUAUAUUGCAUCUGUACAUCUGCUGUGGUUUUGUGAUGUGCAAAUUUCAGCAUGGGUUUCAUUGAGGUUUUAAGUUGCUUUUUUUAUGUGGGGGGGAUUUUUUUUUAAAAAAAAAUGUUUUUUUUUGUUUUUUUUUGGCAGUACGCACCCAAAGAUCCAAAUUUGUAUUAAAAAGAAAAACUAGGGGGAAAAAGAUUAAAGACAAGCAAAUACACCCUCUUUUGUUGGGGAGAGGGAGAGGAGCAAUGGCAUUUUCUGAGUUCUCAUUGGCCACUUGUAAACCGAAACUAGUAUUUCUUCCGUGUGUGCCCCAUUGCGCCAGUGCUGAGCUCAGGGUGUGUGUGUGCGUGCGUGCGUGCGUGCGUGUGACUUCUCUUUCACCUUUGCCCUGCCCUCUUCCCUCCUGUUCCUGCAUUUGGAAAUUUAUGUACAGCUUUGUGGAUUGUGCAAAACAAAAAAAAGAAAGAAAAAAAAGGAAGACUCACCAUCCCUGUUCUGUGUAAUCCAUUACUGAUCUGAACUGUGCAACUAAAUAUACCAGACUUGGUACUCGAUUGGAGACAGAACACAGCUAAUAUAAGCUCCUGCUUGCUUGAUUCCUACCCCCAGGCCACGUUGCCUUCAUCUACACACCCCUAAAGACCCCCCCUUUUUUGCUUCCCCCCACCUUCCCUGUUCCCCAACUGGUCUUUUUGUGUAUUUAGGAAGGAAUUUUUAAU